AUGAAUCGAUCAAAAUCUUCUAUAUCAACUGAAUAUAAUAACUUGGGUCUACACUCUGGUGCUGCCGCAGGUAACCUUGGAUUGGUAAAAUUUGCAUUAGAUCAUGGUCAACCAAUCGAUUCCGUGUUGAACGGGGUCUUACCAAUCCAUGUCGCGUGUAUAAACGGAAACGUAUCUGUAGUACAAUACCUCAUUGAACGGGGUGCGGACGUGAACGCCCCAAGACUCUCACACAAAUUUAAUGGUACCGAAAAAAAUAGGGCAACGGAUCAGACAGUAGGAACAACUGGAUCAACCGCAUUACAUUUUGCUGCCGCGAACGGAUGUACUCAAACAGUUGAACUAUUAUUAAAAAAGGGUGCAAGGGUGGACGUUGCCGACAAAUACGGUUCAACUCCAUUAUCGGUAGCAAUGGCAAAAAAUCAUGCUGAUGUCAUUGAACUCUUGAAAAUAUAUGGUGCGAUUCAGGCCGCCGAGAAACAAAAAUUUAUUGUGAUGGACGCUUCUAGCUCUUCAAUACACAUCCCAACCACAACGAAAUCUUCGAAAAGUUCAAAAGACAAAUCAUCAAAAAGUGCGAAAAAGACGAAGAAACCCACUGUUGUAUUUCCAAUUCCAAAAGAUCACCAAUUCAAUUCUAAAUCGAUCAAGACGCGUCGACCCAGUUUACCCGUUCAAUUAACUGAAUCAGAUGAAAUAAAUAAUGAUUCUAUGGAAAGUGUACUUUUAAAGAGACAACCUUCAAAGUCAAUGGAAUUGCCUUCACAUUUAAAAUCAAGGGAUGAUAUUUUUAGGGAUGAUGGAUUUAUUAGUGAUAACCAUGAAACAAUGAUUAUUGAAUCGUCAGAUAAACCUUCAAUAGAUAUACCUUAUCACUCAUUGGACGAAUCUUCUUUACCCGAAGUUAAAAAACUAAAGUCACCAACAAAAGAACUUUUUCGUAAAAGUUUAACUCUUACAAGACAAUUAACUUCGACUUCUUUAACUUCUUUAACGUCAUCAAAAAGUCGUUCGCCUGAUCGUCGAUUUUCAUUUUCUUCUUCACCUGCUACUCCACAAUCAAAUCCAUCUGCUACUUCUCUUCUAAUGACCUCUCCAGAAAUACCCAGUUCUCCGUCGACCACUUCUACAAUGCCUACAGAAUACGGUGGUGAUCCUGAUUUCAUUUCAUUACCUCCUGCAAUUACAGAGAAAAAGAAGAGAAGGUCAACAGAUCCUUUACGUGACUUGAAAUCGAGAAGAUGGAGAUCAAAUGAGGCAAAUGAUGAUGGUGCAUUGACGCGUUCAAUUUCCGAAGGUGGUAGCGGUGUGAACUUUUUUUUCACUCCACAAAGCAAAAAGCAACAUACUUCUUCGGAAAACUUUCAACCUGCAGAAAGCAAUGGUAGCAGUAGAAAGUCUUCAUUUUCUAUGAAAGGAUUAUUUGGAAAAUUAACGGAUUUGGUUUUGGGAAAAUAUCAAAGUCAAUAA